ACGAAGCAAGCGCACUUGCCAUCUCAUUCUCCGAUGUGGUUUCAUUCGCACCUAACUAUGGACGGCCAAUACAUUUCCGAAAUCUCGCACAACGUUCAAACGGCCACCUGGGCCGUUGUCGUUUUCGCAGCUUUCGUCUUGAUUUCUCGGGUUCACUACCAAGCCCAAUUAGCCAAACUCCCUGCCUUUGAGAUUGGCAAAGGCAAUGAGAAAUGGAGGAGGACUUAUUUGGAAUCCGCACGCAAGCUCUACCAAGAGGGAUAUAAAAAGUUCAAAGACCAAGUUUGGAUCAUGCCAACUUCAGAUGGUCGUAAAAACGCCGUUGUCCCUGGCCAGCUUCUAUCGGAGUUGAGUAAACUACCUGAAACUGUUCUCAGUUUCCCCACCGCAAUUAACAAGGUAUUGGAGGUGAAAUACACCAAGGUUGCUCCUGAUGAGCCGCUUGCGCCUUACUGUAUCAAGGCCGAUUUGAAUCCUGCUUUAGCUCGGCUCAACCCCAUCAUAUAUCGAGAGGUGGAAAAUGCUCUGAGAGACGAAAUCCCGCCCUGCGAAGAAGAAUGGACGCCGGUAUUCAUUUAUCAGAAAUUGGUGAAUACCGUAGCGAAGGUGUCUGGGAGAAUCUUUGUUGGCGUGGAGCUUUCUCGCAACCAAGAUUACCUCGACACAGCGAUCAAUUACACCAUAGAAUUGGGAAAUGCAGUACAGGCUGUCAAGAAAAUGAAGCCUUGGCUCCGUCCCUUCCUCGCGUGGAGGCUUCCAGAGGUCCAACAACUCAAUAAGCGUGAGGAAUUAGCCAUACAAUUUUUGGAGCCGAUUAUACAAGCUCGCCGCGAGGCUGCCAAGGAUCCUAAUUACCAAAAGCCCGAUGACAUGCUCCAGUGGUUCUUGAAUCGAAGCGAAGCUUAUAAAGUUAACUCAACAAGACGGCUCGUAAAAAUGCAGCUUCUGGUGAUAUUCGCCGGGAUCCAUAACACGACUGUGACUGCCACCAAUGUCCUAUAUAACCUCGCGGUAUCUCCCGAGUACAUGCAGCCUUUGCGGGAAGAGAUACGCACGGCAAUAUCAGACAAUGAUGGGAUGCUCACUUCACGUGCACUGCAGCAGAUGGAAAAGCUUGACUCGUUCAUGAAGGAGACGAUACGCUUCUACCCCCCAGAACUCACCUCUUUCUCCCGCCAAACGGUCCAAGGCAUUACGCUUUCUAAUGGACAAUACAUCCCACCCGGUACCUCCAUCGAAACACCACUACAGGCCAUAUAUCAAGACGAUAGCAACUAUCCUGACAGCGAUACCUUCGACGGUUUCCGAUUCUACAAGAUCCGGCGGGAUGGCGGCGCAACGCUACACGCUCGCAAUCAAUUCGUCACCUCCAACGAACAGAACCUCGUCUUUGGGUAUGGAAGACAUGCGUGUCCAGGAAGAUUCCUCGCCGCCGCGGAGAUCAAGAUGAUUAUUUCCAGAAUACUCUUAGACUACGAUUUCAAAAAUGCGGACGGUCGGACGGAGAGAUAUCCGAAUCAUGAAGUUGGUCGACUGAAUAUGCCUGAAACGACCCUGCCAUUGCUCUUUAGGAAGACGAAG